AUGUUUUCAAAAGGAAAGAAAAAAUCACAACAUAUAAAUGCAGAAGCAGUCCUUAGCGAAGAAGCAUUGAAUGAUUCGCUGAGGGCUGCUCAAGUCAUCUUCCAGAGACAUUCAAAAGGUAAAGUACCUAGUAAUACAACUACAGCAGAAAUACGACAGAAAUUAGUUGGGACUAAACUACAAGAACAAACUAAUAUAGAUCAAAUUCCAAGAAGAGCCAAUACGGUGAAAUCUGCCACUAAAGCAGAUGUUGAAUCAUUGCCACAGCAAGUACCGAGGAGACCAAAUACAACUAAACCUUAUAGACAUAAUCAAUUGCCCUUGAUGAAGGGACAAUCCCCGAUUCAAUCACCUGUCGGGUUCGUUAAUGAAGGGAAGACACGAGUUAGAAAAGUAAAUGUCCCUAAGGAGUCCAAUGAAAUUCCCAAGAGGAAAAUUUUGCCAAAUGCAGCAAAUGCUGCUCAUAUUGCAGCUGUGUUGGCCCAUUCAUAUGUGACUGAUUCUGAUAAGUCCAGGAAACCAAGUGAUGUUUCUUCAAGGAUAAAUGAUGAUGAAAUAGUAGCAAAAUCUAUUAAACAAGAAGUUUUGAGAGAUACUACGCCACCUACUGUGAGGCCACCCACUCCAGAACGAAUAGAGCCAAAACAAUUUUAUUCAUUGGAACAAACAAGACGUAGAAUGGAAAUCCCACAACCUGUAAGAAGAGAAAGAAUACGACCAAUACAACUACUUGAUGAAAUCCGUAGUCAGGAUUCAGUAACAGAAGAGCAUCCAAAACAUCCUUCAUCCUCUGUAUUAUCCAGUUUCCGAUCUCAGGUAGCAACACCCAUGGCUAGAACUGCAUCAGAACCUAUUGACUCCCAAAGUGAGCAUAUUAAUUUAAUAGACGACCAGGAAGAUUUUGAUGACCGUAAUUCAACUGGAAAUCACAGUAUUUCAAUGGGACAACAACGACAACGACAACAGGUAGGAGAUGAUACAGAAUCCCUGGACUUAGAGAGUCAGAAUUUCUCAAUUGGGACCAAUAUUUUACCAAGAAAAAAGGGUUCAAGUAAUAAAAAUCCAUUAAAAAAAAUAUUUGGUAAAGGAACAACACCAGUUACAUCAUAUAAUACAACAAGCAGGAAUUUUGAUCCUUUAUUAGCAAGCAAUAAUACCAGUGCAAGCCAAAAUAUCCAUGACACUCCAACGGCAGCUGCUGUAGCUGCCGCUGCAAGAGGUCCUGUCUACGUUCCUAAUAAUAAACCAAUUGCAGCAGUGUAUAGCAGUAAUAACGGUGGAAGUACAACAAGUGUAAACACUGCGGCUGCUACCCAAAUGAGAUUCAAGACUACAAUGAGAUAUGAAAAUCGUAAGAAAUCAUUUAAUGAGGACAAACCCUGGAAAGCUCAUAAAGAUGCAAAGUUUAUGUCAGAAGUCGAGCGUAAAAGAUAUGAGGGGAUGUGGGUUAGUAAUCGUUACCGUUACUUAAAUAUGUUAUAUUGGUGGCCGGUAGAUGAUAUUAAACAGGACACAGAAGGUUUAUCUGGAUCUGAAGGUCAAUCAGCAGGAGAAGAUGCUCGAUCAUUUGUAAGUACACAAGGGUCGAGAAGUAAUAAUAAUAGUCAUCUUGAAUUAACACCUGUGGAUACGCAUUCUUCUUUAAAAUCUGAAAAACAAGAUAAGGCAAUUAUUAAAGAAGGUGAUGAUGAGAAUCCAGCUCUUCAGGAUAGUACGGUAUCAAACGCAUCAAUGGCACAAGGUAGAAUUAUUCAAGAACAUAAGAAGGAUGAUAUCGAAAAUAAUGGUGUAGAUGAUGCUGGAACAGUCGAUUAUGAAUCGGAAUAUUACACAGACGUGGAGAAUGAGCUAGGUUCCCAAAUUAAUAAAUCUCGCUCUUUUGAAUCUAGCAAUAAUAAUGAGGAUCAUGAUAUUGAAAAUCCACUAGAGCCUGUACCAAGUAGUCCAAUUUCAUUUGCGACUCAGCACAAUGAUUUUACUAUAGCUGCUGAGUCCAGGUCACCAACUCCUGACUAUUCUGAUAUAUUACUUACCCUUCCACAGGACGGUCUUAUUCUAAAUUUAGUGGUGAAGGAUAUUUGGGAAAGAUCUAAUUUGCCGGAUGAUCUCUUAAGACAGAUAUAUCAUCUAGUCGACACUCGGCAUGAUGGAACAUUGGACAGAAGAUCAUUCCUUGUCGGGAUGUGGCUUGUCGAUCAAUGUCUCUACGGUAGAAAGUUACCUAGCGAGGUAGAUCGCCAAAUUUGGAACAGUGUUGAUGGUUAUGUAUUGAAUGUGAUUCAGCCUCGAGUCGAACCGCAAGUGAAGAUAAAGAGAAGAGGGAAGCGUAACAUUGUUGGAAGAGAACUCAACAACAUCAAGAAGGGGAUCAGACAUGUUCACUUGUAA